GCGCUGGCGGGGCCCUCGCCCCCCCCGCGGCGGCGGCAGCCGUCGGCGACCCAUGGGCGAUGGCUCUCGUGCUCGACGGGCGGGGCCUCUGCGACGUGAGCUUCGGCGACGCGCUCAAGCUCCAGACCGAGACGGCGCGUGCCGACUGGCCCGCGACAGGGCCCGGGACCGUGCUCUGGGUCCUCGGCUUCAUGCAGCGCAUGGCGGGCGGCUCCGUGGCCUGGCGCACCCGCUGGUUGGCGAUGAUGCAGCUCGGCGAGGACGACGAUAACGUCGGGCUGCAUGAGACCACGUGCCGCGUGAUCGAGACCGCGCUGCGCCGCGAUCAGACUGCGAUCUGCGAGCCGGCCUCCUUCGAGCACCUGGCGAAGGCGCUUGCGAAGAAGGCCAACUCGACCGACUUCGCCGCAGAGGUCGGACAUUUCUUCGGCACUGGCGAGACGAAGGGCAACUUGUGCACCAGCCCCGCCCUGAUGGACUGGAUCGCGGAUCAGAUUGGGAACGAAGCGGCAGUGGCGAAGGAGUUACGCAAGGCUCGCGAGGUGUCGACCAUCGCCAGCGCGACGUUUUUCCUCUGCCUCAUCUUCCCGUGGAUGGGCGUCGCCGCCAGCCCUUCGGACGCGCCGCUCGUCUGCGUGCCGCCAAAGGCAGCCUCUGCGGGGUACAUUGCGGGCAAGUGCUGCGAUGUUGAGCUGCCCGCCUACUCGGAGAGGGGCAGCGCCUGCGAAGCAUCACUCGUAGAGAUGCUCGCCCAGGCACCUGGCUGCGCUGGCGACAGCGGUCGGGUGCGCCCCUGCAGCAAGUCACUUGUGGCCUGGUCUGAGUCGACGAAGGCAGUCUACACCGCCGACGUCGUCUCCGAGGCCGACUCCAUCGCGCUGCAGGGCUGGAGGCAGAUUUUGCUGAAUCCCGAGUCGGCCGCGGCGGAGUUUCGGGAGUCGCUGGGGUUUUUGCGCACGCGCGUGGACCCAGGGCUUUGCCACCGGCCGAAGUCGCACGCCCAGUUUUUGAAGCAGAAG